GACAAUGAUGGAUUCUCACUUCAGAGGCACCUUGUGGACGAUACUCGUCCUCUUCACACAGCUACAGCUCACCUGCGCCCAGCCCUGCCCCAGCAACUGCAUGUGUAAUUCUCAAGGUAGUGUCAAGUGUGUUGGCGACACCAUCACAGAUAUACCAAUGCAGCUGCCUGUCCACACAUACCUACUGCAGCUUGAAAGCACAAACAUGAACAUCAUCAAUGAGCAGAGUUUGGCAAACAAGGCCCUCCUGCUGCGUUUCAGUCUGAUUCACAGUCAUCUGCACACCAUCCACCCCAGAGCCUUCAACGUUGCUCCACAGCUCAAGUCCGUCAAGCUGUCGUCCAAUGAUCUCUCCACUCUCCCUGCUCGGGUUUUCAGUCCGCUGGCCAAUCUGGAGCAGCUGUUUUUAGAUGACAACCAGUUUGAGACCAUAGCUCAGGAUAUGUUUGAAGGACUUGUUGCGUUGCAGAUAAUAGACCUGAGCCAAAACAAACUGAGUAUUCCUGCUCCGGACGUCUUCGACGGACUGACCAAGCUCAUCUAUCUGAACCUCGGCAAGAACAACAUCAAGAAGCUUCCACCAACAAUCUUCAACUCCUUGACUGACCUACGCAUGCUCAUUAUCUAUAACAACGAACUAGAGGAGCUAGAUGCUGGGAUUUUUGAUAAACUUGUCAACCUUGAGGAGCUAAGACUGAACCUGAACCAGAUUAGCAGCCUUCCACCUCGGCUGUUCUGGUCACUGAGGAACCUGAAGACCCUGACCCUGUCAUCCAACCAACUUCAGGCUAUCCCAGAAAAGAGCUUCUACAACAUGCCAAAGCUGAUUAAGCUUACCAUUUACAAAAACCCACUGUUAUCUCUACCAGACCAGUUAAUGGGUCACAUGCCAGACAUGAGAGAGUUUUAUCUGUAUGCCACCAACCUCACCACUGUUCCUGGAAAUGUGUUCGCCAACAUGUCUGGACUCCUGAGGCUUAGCUUCCAUUUGAAUGACAAGCUGAGCGACUUGCCCUCAGAUCUGUUCUGCUGCCUUCCAAAUCUUGAGAAGCUCUCGCUGAAAAACAACAGCCUCCAUUAUCUGCAUCCUCAGCUGUUUUCCGGACUAACCACAGUUGGCAUGCUACUCCUUAAUGACAAUAAGCUGCAGAGCCUACCAGAACACAUUUUUCAGGGCCUUCAGAGGGUUUCGUCAAUUGAUUUGCACAACAACUACUUCAAGACUCUUCCAGAAGAUAUUUUCUUGUCAAACACUAUUAUGAAGGCUCUUACUCUAGGUGGCAACCCCUGGGACUGUACUUGUAAAAUCAGAGGUUUUGCAAAAUGGAUAAGACAUAAGGAGCAUGUGGUUACUGACAGACAGGAUGUCAUAUGUCAUAGUCCACAGUACCAAAUGCUCCGAACCCUUGGCUCCCUGCGUGAUGAGGAGUUUAAAUUUUGCGAUGCUACGAGCGUCAAAUCAAGUGAUUUUUCUACACAUAAACCCACGAAACCAACAGGAACGACCCAACAUGUCACCAGCCCAACAACAACAUCAGCCACCACUCGAGAAGUGACCCAACAUGUCACCAGCCCAACAACAACAUCAGCCACCACUCGAGAAGUGACCCAACAUGUCACCAGCCCAACAACCACUCCAACUACAAAACCACCUUCCUUACAUAGCAAGAUCCAACCAACAACUUUCCAAACUCCCAUCACCACCCUAUCUGACAAAGAAUUUCUUCUCAUUCCUGAUACUCCCUUGUUUGUUCACAAGUCACCUCCUUUCUAUGGCAAAUUGGUGGUUGAACAGGGACCCGAGUUUGUUCACCACAACUUUUACAAUGGCUGGGUGUACGUGUGGUUUCUGCCCUCCAAUGGGAUCUUGACUGGCUUUCUGAUGUUUUCUCAAAUCCUUUUUGUGGCUGCAGGCUUGUUCCUUAUUCUGGCUGCCAUUUUUAUGAUGUCUCGCCUCGACAAGACCAUGGGCAAGAUGAGGGUUGAGUGUAAAAUAAUGGACCUGCCCCUGACCUUUCAUGUGUUCCUACUUCUCUGUUCCCUCAACGCUGCUGUUUGGGCGUGUCCAGAUGGAUGCAAAUGUCAAGGAACCAAAGUCUUUUGCACUGGCCUCUCGGACUCCCCGACAACUGUACCGUCAAAUACCACCGCCCUCUACUUCUACAACUGCAGUAUCUACUUCCUUAAACCAGAGGACCUGGCUAAUUUCUCUAAUGCCCUUACCAUCUUUGUGAUUAAAGACACUAGUCUCAGGGAAGUGCGUACUGGCACAUUUGAUUCCACUCCACACAUAGGUGCCUUAGGGCUUACUGACACUGAACUGCAAGAUCUCCCUGAGACCUUGUUCCAAAAUCUCCAGAAGCUUGAGUCCCUGAAUCUGAAGAGCAACAAGCUCCUGGUACUCCGCCCAAACUGGUUUUCCCCAUUGGCAGGGCUGAAAUUACUUGACCUCAGUAAGAACCUUUUCACUUCUGUACCUGUGGAAACAUUUCACCCUCUUACUGAGCUGCUGCACCUUUUUCUUUCUGGAAACAAUAUCAGCCAACUACCUAGAGAGACAUUCAAGGGCCUUUCUAAUCUGAAAGUUUUAAGGCUUAACAAAAACUUGCUUCAGGAGCUCCCCCUUGGUAGUUUGGAUUACCUUGGAGAUCUGGAGGAACUAUCCCUACAUGACAAUCUUAUCACUCAUCUCCACCAUGACCUGUUCUCCAAGACUUUGAAACUCCAGAAGCUGUUCCUCUCCAACAACAGGCUCACAUCUCUUCCACAAGGGAUCUUCUUAAGCCUGCCCCUUCUUUCUCAGAUCUCCCUGUAUGAAAACCAGCUGGAGAGUCUCGGUCCCGGAGUAUUUGGGCCCAUGGCUCUGCAGGAAUUGUGGCUGUAUGACAACAAGCUGAGCAGUGUUGUGGAUGACACAUUCAGGAACCUCACCAAGUUGCGUCUGCUGGUUCUCAGCCGCAACCAGAUCAACUCUGUAUCCAACGGGGCCUUUAGAGGGUUGGAGCAGCUGGGAGAGGUAUCACUUCACACCAAUUUGCUCACAACCCUGCAGGCUGGGACUUUCCAAGGACUGCCCAAUCUGGUUAACAUUUCCUUGGAGCACAAUUUCAUCAGCUCCCUCCCUUUGGGUUUUCUCAAGGGCGUGAGUAACCUGGGACAGAUAGACCUGCGAAAUAACUCCCUUCCAAACCUGCCACAGGAGAGUCUAAAUGCCCUCACAGCAGCAAAGGAAAUUCUCUUGCAGCAGAACCCCUGGAGGUGUGACAAGGAUAUUCUCCCACUUAGAGACUGGCUGAUACAGCACCCAUCCAAAGUCAACCAAACUCUUGUGGUUUGUCAAACACCAUUCGGUCUGAGUGGUGAGGUAGUUGCUCUGCUGGCAGAUGAGAACAUCCUGCCUCUCAGCCCUACAGAGGAGCCUGUGUUGACCUCAACAGAGAAGAGGAGGAAACCCCAGACUCCUCCAGCGAGACGAAGCACUUCCUCACCUGCAGUCAAGACCACUCCCAAGUCAGAGCCUGAGGAGGUCACCAGCGGCGGACAAGGGGAGACGGAUGUAGUUUCUAAUGAUACUUCAAUCAUGCUCAUUGUCAUCGCAGUAGUGGCCACCAUCAUCAUCAGCACUGUCAUCAUUAGCUGUGUGUGCUGGAAGAGGAACAAGAGAGGCAGCGGAAAUAUAGGCCGCAGAAAUAAGAACUCUGUGCUAAGCAUGGCAAGAGGAGAAAUCAUCGUUGUUUUUCUUCAUUUACUGCUUGAGUCUUCAUUGACUGAAAACAAACCAUGUGCACCUGGGGAAGACUGCACCAAAGAGAACCCAAAUUUUUUCCGUCAAAGUGUAACAGCAAUCCCACGUGUCCUGGCGCCAGGUUUCCCAAAGGCUGUUUUUAUGGAAAGUGAUAUUAAAAUAAUCCCCAGAGCAGCCUUUGUUGAAAACCCACUGCUUGAACAUUUGGCGUUCAUGGGCACAAGCACAACUUCUAUUGAACCGGGAGCUUUUGAAGGUCUUCUGAACCUCGAGACUCUUGAGAUCUCCGGCACUCCGUUAAAGUCCAUCUCCACUGGAGUCUUUAAAGAGCUUAAAAAUCUGGAAAAGCUUUCACUUAAGCUGAAUCAGCUCGUUAGUUUGGAGAAAGGCUUGUUUGACGGCCUUGGAAAAGUAAGAGAGCUCACAUUACAUACGAACAAGAUUGAAUCGAUUGAAGACACGACUUUUGAUGAUCUCAAGAACCUUACAAUGCUACAUUUGGCUAAAAACAAUCUCUCUGCUGUAUCUAUUGACUGGUUCUCAAAUCUAAACAAAUUGCAGAUACUACGACUUUCUGAGAAUCAGCUGACCACCAUUCCUGAAGAUAUUUUUCAGAAUUUGCCAUACUUGAAAGAAAUUGCCUUACAGGGAAACAAAAUAGCUGAAUUGUCACCUAAUCUUUUCCCACACAAAGACAGAAUAGCUAAGCUGUUUUUGGAUAGUAAUCUUCUGACUAGUUUACCUCAAGGAUACUUCGUUGGCUUUCCUCAGCUUAAAAUACUGACCCUACAUAAUAACGAAUUGACUAGUCUACCACCUGUGCUUUUUGGAGAAAUGUCAAAAUUUACAGAGUUAAACCUCGGUCAAAACAAUCUCAACACUCUUCCUAAAGGAAUAUUUCACCCUCUGAAGAAACUUAAAAAGCUAGAUCUGUCUAAAAAUCCAUUUGCCACCUUGUAUGCUGAGUACUUUGAAGGCCCCGAGAAGCUUGCAGAGCUGAAUCUACGAAACAUCGAGCUCAAGUCGCUAGAUGCAGAUGUGUUUGAAAAGCUAAGUUCACUAACCACACUCACGCUGGCUCAAAAUGGCCUCCAGUCGCUUCCUGGGAAUAUUUUUGAACCUUUAACAAAACUGAAAAAACUUGACCUCAGUGACAACCCUUGGCACUGCGACUGUCAACUGGUAAAUCUCCACCUCUGGAUGAAGGCGAACACUGACAAGAUUGUGUCUCCUGCUGUCUGUGACUAUCCAGAAGAUCUAAAGGGGCGGGAAAUUAAUUCACUAACAGAGGAUCAACUUAUUUGCCCUACCCUCCCUCCCACAACCACCACAACAACUACAACAACACUCCCAACAACAGAACCAACAACCACCACACCCACCACCACACUCCCAACCACCACACCCACCACUACACUCCCAACCACCACACCCACCACUACACUCCCAACCACCACACCAGCCACUACACUCCCAACCACCACACCACUCUCAACCACCACACCCACCACUGUACUCCCAACCACCACACCCACCACAACACUUCCCACCACCACACCCACCACUACACUCCCAACCACCACACCCACCACUACACUCCCAACCACCACACCCACCACACCCACCACUACACUCCCAACCACCACACCCACCACUACACUCCCAACCACCACACCCACCACUAUACUACCAACUACCACACCCACCACUACACUCCCAACCACCACACCCACCACUAUACUCCCAACUACCACACCCACCACUACACUCCCAACCACCACACUUCCAACUACCACACUUUCAACUACCACACCCACCACCACACUUCCAACCACCACACCCACCACCACACCCACCACUCAACUCCCAACCACAGAACUAAUCCUCAUCCUCACCACAACACCAACAAUGGCCACAACCACCACCCUCACAACUACCCAAACAACCACCUGCCAAACAACCACGCCUCCUCCACAAACUACACCAGUUAUCUUCACCUGUCCCAUGGAGCCCGUCAUUCAGGAACCGUCGCCUUCCUUCAUGCAUCUGUACAGAGACAAAGUUAACGGGUGCAAAUGUAAAAUGAUGAUCUACACUGCGCUGCUGGUGGUGGAGAUCACCUGCACACUGGUGCUGGCUAAGGCCACCCUGACCAUUUACCGCCUGCUGCAGCGUCGGGAGAGGCUGUACCAUAGGGUCAAACUCACCCACUUCGCCUACAGGAGAGAGAUCAUCCUCCAACCUCUACAAGAGGCAGAGACUCAAGUACUCUAAACAACAGCAGCACUUUAGAGGAAGCUUAAUUGUUUGUUGCCAGUGAUUGUAAAUUAGCUCAUUAGCAGUCAUAUGAUCUGCCAAGAAAUCCUUAUUUAAGGGGUUAUAAAACAGUCUCAUUCGAAUACUGACGCCUUUAUAUGACCUACAUAAGUGAGACCAUCGGCAAGAACACUAUUGGACUGCAAAAAUCAACAGAAUAUUAAAAGUACCUUGUUGUAACUUAAACUUCUUUGUAGUAAGAUGUUUAACCCUGUAUCUGCUUAUAUGAAGGCUAACGUAAAUAACCAGCUAUAAUCAAUAUUCUUAUAAUAACAAUUUAUAAAAUGAUUGUGAUGAUCCCCUCCCCCUUCUGUGUAUUGUGGCAUUCUGGAUUUCUCUUCCUGUGUAGGAGGAGCCACAGGACAUGCCACUCCUCCAGUCUGCAGAGGCUGGAGGAGCACACCUGACUCCACUCUCAAUUACUGAGGUUAUAUAGAGGAGCUGAGGCCUCAGUUCUCUCUCUUCUCCUCCACAGCCUCCACCUUGGUUUGUUUAG